AUGAAAUUGCUACUAAAUAUUAUGUUGCUUGUGGUGCUCAUUGUUGCCGCAACAGCACAGUGGGGAUUCGGUGGUUAUGGAAUGGGCGGAAUGUGGGGUCGUCCUCGUCCUCCAUUUCCACCAAUGGGAAUGAUGGGCGGUUAUGGCUACCCGUACGGUGGAAUGGGUUGGGGCUAUGGAAGAUAA